AAGAGAGGCGGCUGCAGGCUGGGAGGUGUGAGCCUGCCCGGAAUGUCCGCCCCGCCGCUGUUUGCGAGCCAUGGCUCUGCGGCUGGUCACCCACUUCGACGUGCUGGCGGACGUGCUCCCGAGUCUGCUCGUCCAGGCAGCGACAGCAGAUGAAGGAGACGAAGGCGCAGUCCUGGAAACAUCUCUUGGGAGCUUACAUGUACUAAACAUCGAAAGAAAUGGAGACAUUAUUUAUACCUAUAAGGACAACAAGGGAAAUGCUGUCUUUGGAAUAUUUGACUGCCAAACCAGAGAAAAUGAGCAUCUGUACACCUUUGAGAAGGACAUGCAAGCUAUCAGUUGCUCAGUCAACAGCGAGAGGACAGUGCUUGCUGCAAGCUUCAUUCAGUACACGGAAGGAGUAAGGAGUGAGCUUCAGCCAGGAUCGAAGUGCCUAACUUUGCUGGUUGAAAUCCACCCUGUCAACAACGUGACGGUUCUGAAAGCCGUGGAUAGCUGCGUUUGGGUACAGUUCCUCUACCCACAAGCUGAAAGUCACCUUCUUGCACAGAACCACCUGUUACUGAUUUCAGAAGAGAAAUAUAUUGAACGGUUUCAUAUCCAGAUCACCAGAGAAGAUGGAAACAGAGUGGUGAUUAGAAAUUCUAGCCAUCUCCCAAGAGAAAGAAUAGCUGAAGACUUUGUUUGGGCUCAGUGGGAUGUGUCAGAGCAGAGAAUCCACUACAUUGAACUGCAGGAGUCAAGGAGUAUCUUGAAAUGUGUCCAGUUCUGGGCAGAUGAAAGCUUUACCAUAAUGUUUGAAAUGCCCUUGGACAUAUCAUUAAGUGGCUUGAGAUUUAAACUUGUCAACUUCGGCUAUGAUUAUCGUCAAGACCAAGCCAAGCUUUGCCAUCAGCCAUCCCUCUGCAUUUUUACCAACCACACAGGGAGUUUGUGUGUGUGUUACAGCCCGAAGUCUGACUCUUGGAAAGAAAUCACGUAUUCAGUGUUUUACCUCCAUAAAGGAUACAGAAAGACCUUCACCGUAGCUCCUGGAAGCACUGACUCGCAGGUCGCCAACGGCGUCACCUUUCUCAACCUUGGCUACUUUGUGGCUGUUUAUUCCCCCGGCCAUUUCCUUCAUUUACUUAACAUUCGGCAUCCAGACUUGAUCUGCCACAGUCUGUUUCUCACAGGAAACAACAAAACGGCCGCUGUGCUACCUCCGAGUCCUUUGCAGUCCCUGCCGGGGUCCCUCAUUCUGGACUGCUAUUCUGGAAAGGUCUAUAGAGCAACUCUUGACCAGUCAUACUUGAUGGGGUUCCUAUGGAACGCCCAGCUAGACUGUGAGAAAAUGGCCGCGCUGCACUGUGCACUGUCCUGUGAUUCAGACCCAGGUUUCCCAGAACAGAUCGUUCAGUGGGUUUCUGAGCGUGUCUCUGCCUGCCAUUCAUUUGACCUCAUUCAAGAAUUCCUAAUUGCGUCCUCCUAUUGGAGUGUGUAUCCAGGGCUGGAUGACGUGGACCUGCUCUUACCGUACUCCUCUGUGCUGACAUGGAACACAGAAAUUCCUGGGAUGAAGCUUGUGACAGAAGAGCUCCCAUUACCUCUUAUGAAGGUCUACAGCUUGAAGGGGUACUGGGCAAAGCUGAACUCCAACCUCGAGUAUAUUAAGUACACCAAGCCUCACCUGCACUACCACAACAGCGUCGUGAGGAGAGAGUGGCAUAACCUGAUCUCUGAAGAGAGAACGGGAAAAAGGAGGUCCACAAUGUACGUGAGGAACAUUCUUGACAACGCUGUGAAGGUGAUUUCUAACAUGGAAAUGAAAACAUUCGAGCCAAGGUUAAUACCCCUCUUACAAGAGGAAGACAGGCACCAGAGGCUGCUCAUGGGCCUGAUGGUGUCUGAGCUAAGAGACCAUCUACUGAGACACCUGCAGGGCGUAGAAAAGAAGAAAAUCGAACAGAUAGUUCUGGACUACAUUUCAAAACUGCUGGAUCUCGUUUGGUGCUUGCUGGAAACCAGUUGGAGGAAACACAGUGUGCACCCCUGGGUUCUCCACCUCAACGAGCACGGCAGCGCCGCAGAUUUCGAAGUCUUUCAUCUCAUGACCAGGAUUUUGGAUGCCGCUAGCAGUUUGUGUUUCCCUCUGCCCCCUGGUUUCCACUCUCUGCACACAAUCCUUGGGGUCCACUGUCUCCCUUUGUACAACCUUCUGCACUACAUUGACAACGGCGUGCUGCUGCUCACCGAGACUGUGGUCACGAGGCUUAUGAAAGAUCUGGAUAAUUCAGAAAAAAUAAAACUGAAAUUUAGCAUCAUUGUCCGGCUUCCUCCUCUUAUUGGCCAGAAGGUCUGUCGGCUUUGGGACCAUCCCAUGAGUUCCAACAUCAUUUCACGGAACCACGUGGCCCAGCUUCUGAAGAACUACAAGAAAGAGCCUCGGAGCUCUAUGAUUGACAAGUCAUCAUUUCCAGUAGAAUUUCUUCCUCUGAACUACUUCAUUGAAAUUCUGAUGCACCUGGAGUCCUCCAACCAAGCACUACACGGCUUUGAAGGACAUGACAAUGUGGAUGCAGAAUUUGUAGAGGAAGCUGCUCUGAAACACACCACCUCGCUUUUGGGCUUAUGAACAUCCAGAUGACCAGUUCCAACACUUCGCCUCCCUUUCCUGGGGAGUCUUCAACUGUCUUUAAGAGUGGUAACAGCUCAGAAUAUACUGCAGGGCUGUUGGGCUUCUGUACAGUGCUUAUUCAGAGGCCGCGGCCACGCCUCUCAGUUCGAGCAGCCAGUAAACAGCCAAGAGGAAAGAGCAAGUCCAAGGCUGUGCACUGUGGCGGGCACAGCGCCCUUCCUGGGGGCCCAGCAGGCCGGGAGCUGGUUCUGUUGCACUACAGAACUAAUAAAAAACAGAGGACCGUGCUCAGAGCAGUAACAGCCAGGCAGAUCACUGGAAGGAAGGUAAAACAAGCAGAAAAAGUGACUCUCGAAGAGGACUUCAGAAGAACCUGAAACUGGAGUAAACAAGAUGUCUUUCCAGUAUGGAGCAACUGUGACAAAUCAUUUGUACACAUGGCACUUAAACCAGCCUUUGCCUUUGGGGCGAUUCAGAUAGAGCCAUAUUUAAUUUUAUAUUUAUGACUUAGUACUAUCUUAUCAUUAAAUACAACCUCAGACGCUUUGGUCUGACUCUCCCUAGGUUUUGGGUGUAGCCUUCUUUGCAUAAGGCACUUUGAGUCCUGACACCUGACAAGGUGCUCCGUCCUUCCUCGUCUGUCUCCUGCAGUGAUGUCACACUGACCCAUACGGCUCAGCUUUGCAAACUCAGUUCUGCUUCUUUGUGGCCAUUACUGGUUCCCAUUCAUGUGGUGAAAUUUUAAUGAUUCUGUAACGCCACUGACCCAUGUGCAAUUCUCCAUAUUUUCUGCAACUUUUGUUGUGCUCUAGAAACUGUCCUGGCCUAUAGCAUUUCCCCUUUGCUCCAAAUGGUCAGCCAGGCUCAGAAUCUUGUCACCAAGUCACAAUGCAGCAAUAAGGUAUGUUCACAUUACUUCUGUCUGUUCACAUGACUUGUGUUACAAAUUACUCUGUACUGAAGACAGCAGGUUUUAUUUAGUUCAAAUUAAAAUUCAAAAACCCUCUUCGAUAAUAAAACUUGCAGAACACUU